UCUCGCGGGAAUCAGCGGGAUCUCGUAACAAAUCCAAGAUGGAAGACGUCAAAUGACAUUUCAACUAUUUUUUACCAGAUAAUCAAUAUUAAUGCAUUAAUUAGAUUUCGCUGAUCUUAUACAAUGAAUAGGCAUCAAGUUUUGACUGGUGCCUGUAAUAUUGGCGAAAAAUGUCAUGCAGUUGGAAGUGUUGAAGGCAUUCAUUUCACUGUGUAUGCGGCUGGAUGUGACAUUGUGAUUUUAGCAAGUGAUCUUCAAAGGGUACAAAUAAUUCCAGGGGUAACCCAUGGUAAUGUGAAGGUCAGCUGUAUUGAUGCAUCCACAGAUUCAGGAAAGAUUGUAGCAUCAUAUUUACAGAAAGUAUACAUAUUUGAACCAGCACCCCUUCUACACCAUGAUAGCACUCAUAAACUUGAUUACCACUGGUAUCAGACAGCUGUAUUUGAGGCAGACUGUGUUGUUCAGUGUCUGGCCUGGAACCUUGAAGGCAGUAAACUCCUGACAGGUGGUGAAGUUAUACAGCUAUGGUCAGUAUCGCAAGAUGUACAUGAGGAUGUUCACCAAAAGAAGAGUGUCAAAUUUUCACUGGGGCAUGGCGAGCUGGGGCACGGCCAUGGACAGGAUGAAACUGUUCAGCCUGAACAUGAGGUUGAAACUGUGUGGGAAAAUAUCUGGAAAUGCAAGCCAGCUACCAGAGUUCAUCAUUUAGAGUUUUCACCAGACGGACUACUUUUUGCUUCAGUUGGAACGCACGAUAGAAUGGUCAAAAUAUGGUAUGAAGAUAGGAAAAUUCAGUUGCCGUUAUCACAUGCUGACAGUGUUGUUAGUCCAAAAUCAGAAAAAUUGAAUUUUUCCUUCGUAUACAUAGCACAUCCAAGAGCAGUUAAUGGAUUGUCAUGGAGAAAAACAAGCAAAUAUAUGCCAAGAGGAUCAGUUGCAAACAUGUUGAUAACAUCAUGUAAAGACAAUGUAUGUCGUAUAUGGUCGGAAACCAUCCUGCCAGAUGACGGCCUCGUUGAUCUCGAGCAGUUUGAGCCCAAUUCUUCAUUUGACCCCAAAUUUCACAUGCAACGGCACAAGAAGAGGUUCAUGCAAAGGUUGAAAACAAUCAGGAUUCACAUGCACCAAUAUGAGAGCAAUGAAGUAUGUGACAACCAAAGAGCUCCCUAUAAGGAUAGGUUAAUGAACUGUCCUGUAUAUAGACAGAAGUUUAUCAGACAUGCCAUUCACAAGAGAAAGAAGCACACCAAGUUUGGUCCGGAGAUUGUUAUGAGCAUGCCAAGUUUGAGCAGUGUCAACAGCGCCCAUGACUUCCACAAGUUCCACAUUUACCAGAACGGUGUUGUUCCAGCAGUCCAUUUCCAUUUAGCAGCCAGUAUUAACCCUGAAACAGACAUUCCAUUGUUACCUGUGGUCAGUCAUAAAGGUGUGGAGCACAAUUUUCAACUACACUGGUUAAACAAUAAGGAGCUACAGUUUACGAUGGAGUCAGAGAAGAUACUACAGGAAAUGCACAAACACGGUGUGUACGAUGAUCACGACCAUCAUGAUCACGAUCACCAUGGUCACGGUGAGAGUCACACCGACUCUGAUAGUGAUGCCUACCAUGAAGAACCUGAUGAAAAUGGUGUGUGGCAGAAAAAGAGAAGAACAAUGUUUAAGAAUAGUAAGACUACAGGAUUGGGGAAAGAUUUACCAGGUUUAGGAUAUCAUACAGGGACUAGCUCUAGCAUUGGCUCUGAUAUGUCCGAUCCUUUGUCAAGUCCUGAGUCACAUAGUUCACUACUGGACAGUAUAGACAGAAAGAUUGAGGGUUUAUUGAAAGAUUGGCACACAAAUGCAGAUAUGUUGUUUAGUAUUCAUCCUGUAGAUGGAAGUUUUCUGGUUUGGCACAUUGAUUGGCUAGAUGAAUACACCCCAUUCUCGUUUAGACAAGCACAAAUUAGUUUUUCUUCACGGCUUCCACGAGCUUUUCCAAUUCCUGAUGCUAGAACUAUGGAAUGUGUACCAUUAAUGUACUGUAACUAUAGUAAAAUGGAUAUUAAAUCUGCCAUGAAAAUGUCGGAAGGUGACAAAGCUGAUUACAAGGUCAAGCAGUCGUCAGCGGCAACCGGAAAAUCUUCUCCGGGACAAAAUGACAAUAUGUUAAUUCCAAAUGUGCUAAUGAUCUCUAAACAUUCCAAUGGCUCUCUAAACCAGUGGCAAAUCAGUUUUGCGGAAGAGUCAAAAUUUAAAACUGUAGUAAGCGUAGCGCAUGUUUCACGUGCUUGCGGGCAUAGGUUUAGAACAAAUACAGCAACUUGUCACCCGGCUCUGCCACUAUUGAUCACAACCUCGCAACAUAUUGUACCUAAGUCAGAAGCGGAUAAUAGCAGUUUUGAUAUUGGAGAGGAUGAAAAUGAUAUAGGUAAAACCGGGUUUACCUACUGCAGUGAACUUAUAUUAUGGCGGGUAGAUCCGGUUGGGCCACUUUCAAAAUCAGGUGGAAUUGUGGAACUGGCAAAAAUUAAUUCAACAAAACGGUCAGCAUUUAGUGAUGUAGCAUGGGUUCCAACAUUAUUACCCAGCACAAUCCUUGGAGCAUACAGUAACUCUCCGAGCACGCUGUUUGUUGCAUCAGAUGGUGAUUGUCUGAAACUAUACCAGGCAGUUAUAGAUGCCAGAUCAUUACUCACUGAAGUCAACUGCAGAAAAGAGAAUAUGAGUUUUUGCAGUACAACAAGUUCUGGUUACAGCUACGAGGUUCAGGACCCUCCAUCAGAACUGUUUAAUGUUGUCAGUGUGCAAUCCUCCGCUAGACCAGGCUGUAUAAUAGAGCUGGAUGCAUUUACAGAUACCCAACAGAUAUGGCAGAGCACUCAGCUCCUACAUGUGUUCCAAGAACCACUAGUUACGGGUAAAAGCAGUGUCAGGGGAGAAAGUAAUAUUGAUCCGAUAGUCGACCUCCGCAAUAUUGGCUCGUUUGAGGAAAAUUUCUUUCUAGUUGGGUUAGAAAAGUUACAAGAAGGGGGAUCUACUCUUCACAUGUGGAAAAUUACCAUUUCUUCUGCACAGAUAGGUUCAGCAAUAUCAGAUAACAUAGGAGAUAAGACAUAUAUGAUGGAUUAUACAAUAGUCAGUGAGGACGGUUCAAAUCCCCCUUCUCGCAGUGGUUCUCCAGAAAUUCCAAAUACCAAAUCUACUUCAGCUAAACUGCUUGUCUCCACUACAAAGGUAACAUGUCAAAAGUUGCCCCUACCAGAUGGGGUUGAAGUCAAAUGUGCAAAUGUAUCGGCAGGUCAUCUUAGCUCCGCCUCCAUAUACCCAGCAUGCUUAGCACCUUAUCUUCUAGUCACUGCGUGCUCCGAUGGAAGCAUUAAAUUUUGGAAGUGCAAUACAAACUCUGUGAUGAGUGGUCUAGUCAAUUUAAGUGGUGUAGGGUCAGCUAGUGUGUUGUCCAUGAAGAGUUUUGAGUUUGGAGUGGAGGAGGAAGACGGCAUACGUAAGCAGAGAAGAAAAUCAUGUGUAAUGAAUGUAAACCAAGAUACAGCAUACAGCUGGGCACCGUGGAACCUAAUGUACAGAGACGACAAAUCUAGUGAUAUACAUAUCCAAGGAAAGCCAUUGACCAUCAGUUGUGCAUAUACUGGUAGAGUAGCUGUAGCAUACCGCAGUUCUGGUCAUAAACACUCGGGCACAGCACCAAAUAGUCGUUUCUUCAACCUUUGUGUAGUCAUUUAUGAGUGUGAAUCUACAGGAGGUUCACAGUGGGUUAAAGAAGACACAAUAGAGUUACGUAAUAUUAGAAUACCAGAGAAUCAUGUUGAGGUUGACCUUGACCUUAGUCCAGAUGUCAGUCUCGUCCAUAAUGACACAGAGAGCGUAAACCAGACUCUUCCUUUAGCGUCAAGUUUCAUCAACAUGUGUCGUACAAAGUCGGUGCCAAGUUUGAGCGCCCUCUACUGUGCUAGGAAAGAACAGGAAGACCAUGAAGAUAAGUUGGAGAUAUUGAGGCAGAAACAUUUGGUUCAGCUCGACUGGGUCUCAACUGAGGAUGGUUCUCACAUACUGACAGUUGGGGUCGGGUCUAAGAUCAUGAUGUAUGCACAAGUGUCAAACGAUAUUGUACAGGAGUCUAAAAAGGACAAUAUGGAGGACAAGACUGGUACAGAAACAACGUCGAUGAACGAGCCAGGGGUAAAGAAGAGUCUCGGUGAUCGUAGUAGCAGUCGAAGAGCUCUGUUGCAAAAAUCAAAGUCAAUGGUCGUUGACGACUACCAGGAGGUGUUGCAGUGGAUGAAAUUACGUAGUAUAGAUUUAACAACUGCUGAUGGAUUACCUCCCUUACCAAUGCAUAUAUCGUGGGUUCGUGGAGGAAUCUUGGUUGUUGGUAUGGACAAUGAGAUGCAUGUAUACUCACAGUGGCGAUGGGCACAAGGAGCAGAAGACACUUCCCUUGAUCAAGUAGAUAGUUUUGAUGUUCGAAAUUUUGAAGACAGAAAUUUUUCAACAGUCGAUCUACAUAAAGAAGCAAUGAUUCAGAAUAAGAAAAGUCUUCCAUCAAUACGGUCAUCCCUUUCAGUGCCAAACUUUAAACGCUUUGCAUCCAAUGUGUUCAAAAAAGAGUCCAUGAAAAGUAGUUCCAACCUGCGUAAAAAGGCCAGUAAGAGUAAUUUAGAACGUAGUGAGAGUAGUAUGAGUCUGACUGUCAUCCAUGAAUUUGGUCUGUUUGAGGCAGCACAUCAAGCUAAUCCUGUUUUACCCCAAUAUCAUCCAAAAUCUUUGAUGGAAUUGCUGAAUUUUGGGAAAGUAAGACGCGUAAAAGCUAUCCUAGCUCAUCUUGUUCGAUGCAUUGCUGGUCGAGAAGCCACAAAUACUGCACAAGUAAAUGAAAUAAAUGUAGAUGAAGCUAAGUUGUACAGACAAAGGACAGUUUCCAUGUCUCAGAGUCCUGGAGAACCACCAGUAUUAAAUGGCGAGGUUACCCUCGACUAUGUAGAGCUUACAUCAAUUCCUUUGUUACCGCUAUAUGCCCUCCUCGCAGCAGAUAAUGAUUCAAGUCAGUCAGCGGCUGACAUAUCAGCACAUACUGGUCACGUGAGCCCCGGAGACAAAUCAGAUUACAAAGACCUCUUCCAGACAAAUGUUUUCGAUGAUGAGGAACUUGAUACAAAUGUACUGUCAUCUUCAUUAGAUGACAAACCACGACUAAUUAGAUCCACUUCAUCAACCGGGGUGACUGUUAAUCCAUAUCAUUUCAGUUCUUCACAAGCUCAGUUGCUAGGGAAACACUUGACCCAUAUGCACUUACCUGGCCUGUCAGGUCAAGAUCAGAUGUACCUGUUGGCUCUAGCGGACACUGUUGCACAAACUAAAACAGACUUUGCGGAGAGCUUUGAGCCCACAAGCACCUUGCAGCAAGAUGGUGUGCACACGGCUGAGACCCUGGAUGACUGCGGUUUGAGGUUUCUACUGGCAAUGAGACAUUACCACUACCUGAUGAGAUCUCUACCUCCAGUUCAAAGAGUGCAACUUCAUAAACAAGGCUUGAAAACAUUCAACUUAGUCUGGGCGUUCCAUUCUGAGGCCACUGAGGAGUUACUUUCCCUGAUUCCAACAAGCCAGGGUUUAGGCCUCACAUGGUUUGAUCUAAAAACAUACGGAGCUGGGUGGUGGAUCCAAAAUAUCAAUGUGUUAAAGAGAACUACAGAAAAAUUGGCAAAAGAUGCUUUCCAAAAGAACAAGGAUCCCAUGGACGCUGCUUUGUUCUACCUAGCCAUGAAAAAGAAAAAUGUCCUCUGGGGACUGUUUAGGUCUAUAGAUAACAAAAGAAUGUCUGAGUUUUUCCGUAAUGACUUUACUCAGGACCGAUGGCGAAAAGCAGCGUUAAAGAAUGCCUUUGAUCUUCUUGGGAAGCAAAGGUUUGAGCAUGCAGCUGGCUUCUUUCUGCUGGGCGGAUCCUUAAAUGAUGCUGUAGAGGUAAUUCUGGAUAAGCUGCAUGACCUCCAACUUGCCAUUGUCGUCUGCAGACUCUACGACGGAGAAGAUAUGAUGAGUGAAACUGUCAAAAAGAUUUUAUGUACCAAUAUCCUUGGCAAAGAAGAUGUCUCCCAAACAAACCAUGUCAAAAUGCACCCGGACCCAUUCCUUAGAAGCAUGACAUACUGGUUGUUUAAGGACUAUAGGAAUGCCUUGCAGACUUUGUUACAAAAUGAAUCUGGGAAAGCUUUAAACGGCUCUACAGACUCGGAAUCAUUUUCCAUCUCCAAUGUGUUCAAUUUCUACAAUUAUCUACGCACCCAUCCACUCUUAAUUCGUCAUAAAAUAGCCACGGCAGCACCAGUUCUGAAGAAUAAAUGUGUAAUUAGUGGUUUUACAAAGCAGCAGACUAUGGUCGGAAGUCCCGAAGAUGAUGUUGCAACAGUUGUUGACAGGGUUACGCCCAUGGAACGAAGACUGUUCUUUGCAACCGCCCACUCACAUUACAAAAAUGGAAAUCCAAUUUUAGCGCUUGAAGUUCUUUCAAAAUUGCCAGUUAUAAUACUGUCAGAUGAUGACUAUGAGCUUGAUACGCAAGUUUCAAAAAGUGAAAGCGAUUUGUGCAUAAACACUGGAAAUCUGUCGGAUGUUAGUGAUUCUUCUCUAAAAAAUGACGGAGACCGAGAAAAGGUGAAAAAUGAGGACACUCCUGACUGGAGUAAACCGGUGUCAGCAGCACAAACAGCCGACACUUUUGAUUGGAGUCAACCAACGUCAAGUAAAUUAGAUGCAACAGCUAAUGCUCUUGAUUGGAGUCAACCUGUCUCAAGAUUUGGAGAUGAUGAUGAGCUUAAAUUAGAUUUUGGCUUGUCGGACAGUGAAGAAAGCGAAUCUGAUGACGGCAAUGACAAACUUAAUGACAAUAAACAAGAUACUGAUACUAUUCCAAGUAUUGUUGUUGGAGAUAUUAAUGAGAAUGCUGAAACUCCAAGUACAUUGAAAGGUCCAAUCGAGCGUAAAAGCAGGCAGCAAGAAAUGGACAUAUUCGCACAGCAGUAUAAGUUUAUAGCUUGUUUGAAGGUAAUGAUGGAAGAAAUGCAGACACUAGCAACAGGCUUUGAGGUGGACGGUGGUCAGUUGAGAUACCAGGUAUAUAUUUGGCUAGAAAGGGAAGUAGAGGCAUUACGUCUGCUGUGUAACUAUGGUAGUGAAGACGAUUUUACUGAAGAUGAACGCACUAUCAUAAGUGAAGGUUGCUUUGAGAGUGAUGAUUUGAGGAAUGAGUCUCCACAACCAUUUGUCAGGAAAGGAUCAACUCGUUCUGAAACAUCCUUAAGCAAACCAACAUUACACGAAGUCUUGAUAGCCGAAAAGAUGGAUUUAGAUGCUAAAAUGGAAAGAAUGGGCCAGCGAAAACAGUGGCUGCGACAGAACUCGCAGUUGUUGCGAACAUUGGUGGCAUACUGUGUACUUCAAGGAGCUGCUGGUGGAGGGAUUGCAUCAGUUCAGAUGGAACUGUUGUUAUUGUUGCAAGAACUCCAGCAGGAGAAGCCGCAGCAACAGUUGUUGUCUCCGCUGCCGUUCCCAACCACGUUACCCUUACUCUCGGCUGCAAUAGCAAGUUCAAAGACUGUAACGGCAGAUCCUAUACAGCACAUACAGUGCUUGUCACAAGAUUUGUUACACUCUGUGAUAGAGUUCACAUCACCCCCGGGUCUCGGUAGUCCAUUACACACUGUGUUAGUGAUGAGGAAUUUAAGUGUAGCACUUGCUUCGUGUGUGUACCAAUGUUUAUGUGACAGUGACAGCUUUGUUGUGUCUCUAAAUGAAAAUAUGGAUGUAGGAUUUGAAGGAUUUUACAAUGGUGCCAAUUUUGUCUGUGAUGCUAGUCAUUUAAUGUCUGGAGUGAGAAAAAUGAGAUACAAGUCUAUUACUUCAGCAGAUGAUGUUGUCAAUACUCCACCACCUAAAUGGCCAGGUGUGACAUCAUUGCGUGUUCUAUUAGCUCGCGAGAAAGAUGAGGAUUCUCCCAAGUUGAACAUUUUGCUGACCGAAUGUCUGGUUGCCGUGUAUGUGAGUCUAGUGAUCAAUGCCCUAGCGACGUACGAUUGUUUCUUGUUGUAUCGUCUAACAGCGCACAAGUUUGAUACACAGAUGUGGUCGUCCUUGUUCGGGGGCGGAGUUAAGACUAUGAUCAAACUAGGCAGUACAUCACCUAGACUUGGAAAAAAAACAGAUGACCUGUACAACAAAAGAAUUGCAUUGAACCGGAAAAUCAUGGGCCAGCAGAGAACUGAUAGUCGGAAAACGUUUAAAGAGAAGUUUGUCCCACCAGAGCUGAGUAUGAUAACUUACUUCAUGACAAAACCUUUUGUUGACGUGAAUUCUGAAACAGAGUUUGGAUAUAACUCGGACGAUUCAAUGUCAUCUGAGGAUGGCGUGGACAGUGAUGAGGAUUAUGAGGAGGAAUUGAACCGACCCAGAACAUUAAAUCUUCCCAAUGUACAACAGCAUUCAGAUCCGAGUUCUUAUGCCUGGUGUAUUAUUAGAUAUACAGCUGUUAAAUUGAUACUGCAUAAUUUGUCUUCAUUCCUGCCACAGAUUGGCAUAGAACUGCAAGAGUUACCCGUGUGUUCACCGCUCCUUCAUGCAUUAUUGCGGACAUUAGAGCAAUGGCAGGAAGUGUUGCUAGGGAAACUGGAGUUGUUUGCCGCGGCUCCAGAUAACUUUAUUCCUGGUUUAGAACUUGAGGUUAUUCCAGGAGUCCCGAAAACAAAAUAUAAAGCACUGCUGAACAAAAAAAAUAGUCCUUUUAUUGAAAGUCCGGCAACUCUACCAAUAAAGAGGCUGUGGUUUCAUCUGUUACGGGAGGACAAACUACGUGAUAUAUUUGUACGAUAUGUGUUCAAGAAACAGAAACUGCUGGAUCAGAGUGAAAGAGAGGACUCUUCGAUAGAUGGUUUGGACUCGCCAAAAAUUCCCGAGCCGUUUAAAAUUAUUCAUAAGGAACAAGAUAUCAUUACAGCAUUUGCAAUUAACCAGAUUGAAAAUCUGCCUAAUAUACAGGUGAUAGUUUUUAAUGAGGCAAAUGCAAGUUGUUUAACAUUAUCCACCCAGAAGGAAUUGAUUGAGCUGGACAUUCAUAACUUGUUGAAUCCACCGCUAUGGCUUGACGAUGAAAAUGAGAUGGACAUAGAGGCAUUUAACAAUCCGUCUCCUGUAAAUCCAGCAGAGAAUGUGGACUUCCUGGUGGUACAGACCCCUACAGAUGCUCCCAUACAUGCUGGUAGCGGUUCAAACACCCCACAAACCAACCAGUCCUCCACUGCUUCAACUCCUAUUGUACACCUGGCUCCAGGCCAGAUUGCUCUAGCCCAGACUGGUAGAGGAACCAGUGUGGUUUCAAGACGUGCUAUACCUGGUGUGAGGAGAAUCAGCUCUCACCCCUCGCUUCCUCAUUAUCUGACAGGAAGUUCUGAUGGCUCUGUAAGACUGUGGGAGUGGGGUCAUUCCCAGCCACUGGCCAUGUUAAGAUCACCUGGGAACUUCCCCAAGGUCACUAAAGUCCUCUUCAACUCACAUGGGAAUAAGUGUAGUGUAAGUGACAGUGAAGGGAACAUGUGUUUAUGGCAAGUUGGACCAGGUAUCAACUUUAACAAACCUAUCAUGAGUUUUCAGUGUCACAAUAAGACAACAAGUGAUUUUGUAUUUGUUGGAUCAUCAAGUUUAAUAGCAACAGCUGGCAACUCGUCAGAAAGUCGGAAUGUUUGUCUCUGGGAUACACUUCUACCUCCAAGGAGUGCUUGUGUCCAUGCAUUUACUUGUCAUGAACAUGGAAGUCCUGCCCUGGUAUAUGCCCCACAUCACCAGUUGCUGAUCAGUGGUGGAAGGAAGGGAGAAAUAUGUAUAUUUGAUAUACGUCAACGUCAGAUGCGACAUACAUUCCAAGCUCAUGAAUCUAUAAUUCGUUGCCUAGCAAUGGAUCCAGAGGAAGAAUAUUUUGUGACUGGAUCGGCAGAUGGUGAUGUAAAGGUUUGGGGACUAGAUGUUCACCAGUUAAUUGUUGCAUUCCAAGGAGAGCAUACCAGAAGUAACACUUUCUUCAGGAGUGUCGGAUCAGCAACCGGUGUCACUCAAGUUGCAAUAGGACCAAAACAUCACUUGUUUUCCUGCGGUGUUGAUGGAUCUAUGAAAUUUCGAGCGCUACCAGAGAGGGAAUCUAUAGUUAGAUACUGGAAUAGUUAAACAUCAUUUCAAUUAAUAAGACAAGAAAAAAUAAAACAAUUAGAAGUCAAACAAUAUGGAAAUAUUUUACUAAGUUAUAGCUUCAAAUUAGAACUGUUUUAGAUUAUUGAAAUCAUAUCUUAUUCAGAUUGGUUUUAUGUUAACAUUAUAACAAUGCAGAUAAAUGUUGUGUAACAAUAGCCAAGGUGUGAUAUUUGUGUUUAAUUUCAUUUGUUAUUGAAUGUUUUCUUUGUUUGUUUUUUUAAGAAAUCAUGUAAAGAAAAACAAAACAAAUAACAUUGCUGUAUUUGUUUUAAUUGAUUGGCAAAGUAAAAGGGAUUAAUGGUCCAUUUGUUUACCUUUCUAUAGAUUUAUAUACUGCGAAUUCACUUAAAUUCGUGGGCAUGAAAUUUCGUGGUUUUAUCAAAAAGGGCAUUUUCGUGGGUUCUUAAAUUCGUGGAUUUUCGUUUUCUUGUUAAAAAAAAUUCAGUUACCUAGCAAAUGCAAAAUAAUCUUAAACUUAAUCGCCGAACAUUUUUACUUACAACAUGUACAUAUCUUGACUUGUCACACAGCGCUUGUCAAUAAAUUUAAUCCUUGCCUCUGGGCAUAACUAAUAUAGCACAGUUAUUGCCGAUAAUUUACUGCAAUUAACACAUUUAUGUGACAUGAUAUACACACUGCCCCUGUAAUUCGCCGAUGUAAACAUCGCAUAAUUUAUACUACACCCUACAGGUUUUAACCAGCGAGUAAGUUUACACCCUUAAUUGGUCUUAACAUAUAUGACAGUACUUAACUACACGCAACGUCAC